AUGUGCUUAUACACACGAUACAACCCCUCCUCUGAACCCUGGACAACCCCACCAACCCAUCCCACCCCUGGACGACCCCACCAACCCCCUCCCCUGAACCCCUGGGACAACCCCACCAACCCCUCCUCUGAACCCGUGGACAACCCACCAACCCCCUCUGAACCCCUGGACAACCCCACAACUCCCACCAACCCCUCCCCUGAAACCCUGGAACCCUCCACCAACCCCUCCUCUGAACCCCUGCGACAACCCCCACCAACCCCUCCCCUGAACCCCUGGACGACCCCACCAACCCCUCCCCUGAACCCGUGCGACAACCCCACCAACACGCUCCUCAACUGA